AGCAUCAAUCUGUUCCACUGUCUGAAUGAACUGAAUGAUGACACUCUAGUGAAGGAUAUCCAAUGUCAUCUGAGUUCAGGAAGCCUGUCUAUCGUUAAGCUCUCUUCUGCUCAGUGGUCAGCUCUGGUCUUCAUCUUAUUGUCAUCAGACAAAGAUCUGGAUGUGUUUGACCUGAAGGAAUAUUCAACUUCAGAGGAGACGCUACUGAAGCUGCUGCCAGUGAUCAAAGCCUCCAAAAAAGCUCUGCUGAGUGGCUGUAACCUCACAGAGAGGAGCUGUAAAGAGCUUUCUUUGGUUCUCAGUUCACAGUCCUCUAAACUGAAAGAGCUGGACAUGAGUAACAACAACCUGCAGGACUCAGGAGUUGAGUUGCUUUGUGUUGGGCUUAGAAGUCCGCACUGUACACUUGAAACCCUCAGGCUUUCAGGCUGUCUGAUCACACAGAGAGGCUUUAUUUCUCUGGACUCAGCUUUGAGCUCCAACCCCUCACAUCUGAGAGAGCUGGACCUGAGCUACAACCAUCCAGGAGACUCAGGAACGAAGGUGCUGUUGUCUCGGCUGGAGGAUCCGCAUUGGAAACUAGUCUCCCUUAGGCUGGAGCCAUGUGGAGUACAAUGGCUGAAACCAGGUCUAAAGAAAUAUUUCUGUGAGCUGACACUGGAUCUGAACACAGUACACAGACGGCUCAAACUGUCUGACAACAACAGGAAGGUGGUGCAUGUAGAAGAGGACCAGCAGUAUGUGGAUCACCCUGACAGAUUUGAUCACUGGCCUCAGCUGCUGUGCACCAACAGUCUGACCGGUCGCUGUUACUGGGAGGUCGAGUGGAGCGGAGAGGUUCAUGUUGCAGUGGCUUACAAAGGAAUAAAACGCAGAGGAAACGGUGAUGACAGCAGGUUUGGAAAAAACGAUCAGUGCUGGUGUCUGUACUGUGAUGAGGGUUAAUACUUUGCAACUCACGACUACAAAUCAAGAGCCGUCCCCGUCCCCCCCUCCUCUGUCUGUCACAAAGUAGCAGUGUAUGUGGACUGUCCUAUGGGCACUGUGUCCUUCUAUAAUGUAAUCUCUGGCACGCUGGUCCACCUCCACACCUUCAACACCACAUUCACUGAGCCUGUACACCCUGGGUUUAGAGUUAGGUUACUUGACUCCCAUAUCUACAUCUGUGCGGACUCAGAAAACUGAACCCCUGCUGCUCCGUUGCAGAGAUCUGUAAGAUAAUUUGUGCUUAUGAAGUAUCGAUAUAGUGAAGUGACUGAGCUACAACAGCAUAUCUGCCAUCCAAAAUUGUAAUGUGACAUAUUUAUUUUAAAUGUGGAUUAUCUUGGAAAUAAAACUUGUUCUCAUUC